AUGCCUUCCGUCGGCCCCCAAUUACCGCCUCAUCUCGCAAAGCGCAAGCGCUCGACUGACGACGACGAGAUUCCCACCUCACCACCCCGCAAAGUUCAAGCAGCAACAGCUCCCCCUCCACGAACCCUAGGACCGACCCUCCCACCUACUGCCAACCCGGACGAACUCGACCUCGACGACAGCUCAGAAGACGAAUACGGCCCCUCGGUACCCGAACCAGAAAGCACAAUACAGCCCAUACCCUCUCCAGCCCCAAAAAGACGAGUCCUUGGCCCGGCGCCCCCUCCAGCAAACCUCGCAGAGCGCCCCUCGUACCCCGCCGACGACUCCUCCUCGGACUCCGACGAUGACUUUGGUCCUUCCCUGCCACCCGCACCUGGUUCCGCAGCCGAGGCUGCCAUGUUCGCGCAGCAGAAGGAAGAUGCAGAUCGCUCAGCAGUAGCGGCAGCGUCAGCCAAGCCUCAGCGAGCGGAGUGGAUGUUGGCACCACCCACAGACGCCGACAUGAGCGGCCGCGUCGACCCAACGAAACUCAAGAACCGCAAAUUCGCAUCCGGUAAAGGCGCCAAAGCCCCAGCUGAGAAGAGCGGUAUCAGCGCCAUCUGGACCGAGACACCGGAGGAGAAGCGCCAGCGAUUAGAAGAUGAGGUUCUGGGGAGGAAAGAUGCGGCUACCGGUAGCCGGGGGGGAGGCAUCAAGAAGGAGAUUAGUCGAGAAUUGGAGAAGGAGGAGAUUGCUACGGCGAAGCGGAUUGCGGAGUACAACGAAAAGAACCGGGGAAGGAGCUUGUACGAGGAGAGGGAGAAGGCGAAGGAGAGUAAGGGAGAGAAGGUCGAGGAGGACGAUGAUCCAAGUAAGAGGGGAUUCGAUCGUGAGAAGGAUAUGGCGCUGGGUGGACGGUUGGGUCAUGGACAGAAGAGAGAGAUGUUAGCCAAGGCGGCGGACUUUGGAUCCAGAUUCCAAAAGGGGAGAUAUCUGUGA